AUGACGAUGUACUCUGCAUGCUUAUGCCAGGAGGUUCUCCACUGGAAACAGACUAUCAAAGGUCGACUUGUCAAUAGGGUAUGGAAAUACAUCGUCUUUCGUACCCUUCAAUGCCAUCAUGCCAGAUACCUCGUAUGCGGCAAACAUCCACAAGCUGGUAUCAACGCUCUUGAGAACCAGGACCGUAGUCGGCAGACCUACUCCUCUGUAUCCAUAAGCAUCGAAGAGCUCAUCUUGACGUCUUCAAAUCCGCGUCCAGAAUCAAUACGGCGCCUUGGGAAGAAGUUCACUGUACGCGAUGCGACGGGUCUUGAACCACGUCUCGUUAUGAAGGGCGGCGUAGGUACCAAGAGCACUCCGGAAUGGAUGUCGCUCGAGAACCUCCCGCGGAUUGCCUUCAAGAACGACCCUCUAGAGGUACCGACAGAAGAAUCUGAGCGCGCCGAACAUGCGAACAAGGUCCUGCAGUCCAAGCUUGGUUGCGAUAUCCUCCUCAAUUCACACGGACUCAUAUUCCCGAUACAUUCGGCCUGGGCGCUCGGUGGUCCAAAUGCGGACUGGAUGCUGAAGUGUCUUUUCCAGGGCACUCCAGAGCACCCAUGCGAGAUAACUUUCCCUGUAUUCUUUCCAAUCGUUGUGGACCGUUUCGUCAACUUCCUCUAUCUCCACGAAUAUCAGCGCCAUGUCGACACGGAAGUUUCGAACAUCGCGCACGCAGAGAAAAAGCCUGAUUCACCCUAUAUCGACAUCACCAGCGAUAUGAAGUCGGUGCGAUUCGACCUGGAGAUGCUAAGCUUCGCGGAAUUCCUGGAAUACCCGGCCUUGAUCGACGCCGCAUACGUCAAGUUGGUAGAACAGCUCCUGUCCAAAGGCGACUUUCCGCCAACGGCCAUGAAGGACGUUGUAGAGUGGAUACAUGGUGCUGGCAAGAUCUGUGAGGACAAAGAGGGCUCGCUCAAACAACUAAUUGUAGCAGCCACCUUCGUGCACGGGCGUAAGUUCUGGGAACAGGAUCAGCGUGACGAGUUUGUCGGCCUUGUUCAACACCAGGAAAGCUUUGUUAAGGAUAUGGCAGCAGCGACGCUAGCGCUACAGCAGGCAGGAGAGUCUUCUUGA